UAAUAAAAGAACAAAUGACAGACAUUUCUGCUUUAUAAAUAUAUAAAAAUAUAUGAAAAAGGACAGAAAUCCCCUUGUUAUAUUAAAAAUAUAUGAAAAAGGAGAAUCUCCUGAUUUAUAAAGAAAUUGGCAUCACAAAUUAUAGAGAGAGAUAUAUAUAAGUUCUGAAUUAGGAGAUUCUCCUUCAUUUCUGCUUAGCAUUUUGCUUUGAUUAAAAACCAUUUUGCCAUUUUCAUUUUUGCUAUCUCCGUGUUCUACUGAGAGGAAAAAUGAGAGGUGUAGCAACAAAGAUCGCCGGCGUUGCGCCGCUGUUUAUGCUUUUCAUCGCCGGAGCAAUCUCCGCCUUUGAAGACAUCGAAAAGUUACGGAUUUGGCCGUUGCCGGCGGAAGUUAACCACGGCGGCCGGAGAAUGGUUCUGAGCGAAGGUUUCAAGCUUGUCACAGAGGGAAGCAAAUACGAAGACCCUUCAGGGAUUUUGAAAGAAGGAUUCGAUAGAAUGCUCGGAAUCGUGAGGCUGAGCCACGUCGUCUCCGGGGACGGAAAUUCUUCUGGCUCCGGUGGAUCUUCUCUGCUUCAGGGACUCCACGUCAUCAUCUCCUCGUCUUCCGAUGAGUUGGAAUAUGGAUCAGACGAGUCGUACAAAUUGGUGGUUGCAUCCCGAGAGAAGCCGUCUUAUGCACAACUUGAGGCAAAUAGCGUCUACGGUGCAUUGCAUGGCCUACAGACUUUCAGCCAGUUAUGCCACUUUAAUAUGAAGAAAAAGGUAAUAGAGAUUUUAAUGACUCCAUGGAAUAUCACAGACCAGCCCAGACUCUCUUACCGUGGUCUUUUGAUCGAUACAUCCCGUCAUUAUUUGCCACUUCCUAUUAUCAAGAACGUGAUUGAUUCCAUGACAUACGCCAAACUCAAUGUGCUUCAUUGGCACAUUGUGGAUUCACAGUCAUUUCCGUUAGAGAUUCUUUCGUAUCCAAAGCUAUGGAAUGGGGCUUACUCUUUCUCUCAGAAGUAUACCUUUGAAGACGCUACUGCGAUCGUUAAAUAUGCUCAACGACGAGGGAUUCAUGUUUUGGCUGAGAUUGAUGUUCCAGGACAUGCUCUUUCAUGGGGAAAAGGAUAUCCUUCACUGUGGCCCUCCAAGAAUUGUCAAGAACCACUUGACGUGAGCAGUGACUUUACAUUCAAGGUCAUUGAUGGCAUUCUCUCUGAUUUCAGCAAGAUCUUUAAGUUUAAAUUUGUCCACUUGGGAGGCGAUGAAGUCAAUACAACUUGCUGGUCUACAACACCGCGAAUAGCCCAAUGGCUAAAAAAACAUCGGAAGACUGAAGCACAAGCUUAUGAAUAUUUUGUACUGCGAGCUCAAAAAAUUGCUUUGUCUCAUGGAUAUGAAAUCAUCAAUUGGGAAGAAACCUUCAACAAUUUUGGAGGCAAAUUAAGCCCAAAAACCGUGGUUCACAACUGGCUUGGUACAGGAGUUGUUGAGAAAGUGACAGCGUCCGGUUUAAGGUGUAUAGUGAGUAACCAAGACAAAUGGUAUUUGGACCAUAUAGACACACCUUGGCAAAUGUUUUACGUGAACGAGCCACUUGAAAACAUAAAUGAUCAAAAGCAACAAAGCCUAGUACUUGGUGGUGAGGUUUGCAUGUGGGGUGAACACAUUGAUGCUUCUGACAUUGAACAAACCAUUUGGCCUCGCGCCGCCGCAGCCGCAGAGCGGUUAUGGACACCCUAUGCAAAGUUGGCUAAAAAUCCCAACAAGGUAACGACGAGGUUGGCUCACUUUAGAUGCUUGUUGAAUCAACGAGGAGUUGCCGCUGCACCUUUGGUUGGUGGUGGUCGAGUCGUGCCUUUCGAACCAGGUUCAUGUCUCGCUCAGUGACGACCGAGAAAUAGUUUAGAUUGUAGAAUAUGUUACAAUCAGCAGUACCCUGUGUGAGCACAAGCAACAGCCUGCAAGCAAGUGAAAUUCUAAGAUAAACCAAAUACAGUAGUUCAAAAAUAUUGAUUAAAGGUUUUACUUUUUGUAUUUAUUUUACGUUUUAGUUUUUUUAAUCUUUGCAAUUGUUAAUCUUCGAAAUUGUUAUAAACAAAGAGAACAGAUUGAAAAUUACUCAAUUAGGGGUCGCCAAUUUAUAAAAUGAUAAUUUUUUUUUUCAACU